GGAGGGGUCAAAUUUUGACAGAUUUUUGCGUACGUACUUAAUGGAUGGCCCCUUUGUGCCACAAAUCGAUCCAUUGUGGCCUUAAAUAGACGUCAUAAAUGUGUCGCUAAUUAGAACGUCGUAAGCCGGUUGUAAAGUUUCGCAAACUUUACAUAUUUUUACUAAGAUUAAAAAAAUACACGUGGAAUAUUUAAUUGAAUAUUAAUGUUUCACGAACGUUAUGCUCUCAAAAAUUAUACUUUUAAAAAUCCGGACAGGCAAACGCACACUUGUUCCAUUAUCGUAUGAUGUGUGUGAGAGCUCGCAUAUAGUUAAACAAAAUCAAGUUAAAAUUCAAUUGUACUGCAGUACAGAGAUAUGGCUUGAGCUGCAAAUGCAGAUAUCAUACAUGCACACGCGCUCAGACCUGUUAUUGCAUUCAUUGCACAGAACGAAAGAACACGCAACAUGACCUGCGCAUGCGGACAAAUUUGCAUGAACGUGUAUCCAAAGACGUUUAAAUCAAUCGUGUUGCAGUGGAGACACCCACGGCUGCAAAUGCAGCUCAUACAUUUGCAUGCUUUCAGAUCUGUUCUCGCACGUCGAUUCUGUUCUAUGAAAUUAAUUGAACUGCAAUGCAGAAAUAAAAUGUAAUCCGUAAAUGUGGACGAAUCAUUCACAAACGCAUAUUAAAGCUUUUGAACUACAGUGGUAAAACACGGUUCGGGCUGCAAACACCGCUUCGGCUGCAAAGCGGUGACGUCGUGCGUCCCGGUGUUCGAUAACGGAGGCGGGGCACUAACGUGGAAGUGGAUGCCUCUGAUAAACCCCAUCCCCACUCUUGCUGCUGCUACUCCAGCUGCCGAGACUGCUUGCAAGCGAAAGCGCAUCCCGUCUCGGAGAGGGGAACUCAUUUUUAACUCCGAUCUCCGCGCCAGGGAAUGUGGCGGCGGUUCCAGAGAUGUCUGGGUCUGGAGCAGACGCAGGUGACGGACACGCGGACGGUGCGCGUGUCGAAUCACGCGCCGCCCCACGUCGAUCACUACGUGCCUCAGUGGUUUCCCGACAACCGCAUAAUCUCCUCCAAGUACACCGUGUGGAACUUCAUUCCCAAGAAUCUCUUCGAGCAGUUCCGCAGAAUCGCAAACUUCUACUUCAUCAUAAUCUUCCUGGUGCAGCUCAUAAUAGACACUCCUACAAGUCCAGUCACCAGCGGGCUACCCCUCUUUUUUGUAAUUAUCGUCACGGCCAUCAAACAGGGGUAUGAAGACUGGCUCCGGCACAAAGCUGACAACGAGACCAACAACUACACGGUGUACGCGGUGCGCAGCGGCGGCCUCGUAAAGACGCGCUCCAAAAACAUUCGGGUGGGCGACAUCGUGCGUGUCACGUCAGACGAGACGUUCCCGUGCGAUCUGGUGCUGCUCUCGUCAUGCAACGGGGACGGCACAUGUCACGUGACGACUGCGAGCCUCGAUGGGGAAACCAACCUCAAGACCCACACGGCCCUGCUGGACACGGCGAGGCUGCAGUCGCUGCUGCAGCUCUCUGAGCUGCACGCCACCAUCGAGUGUGAACAGCCGCAGCCCGACCUCUACAGGUAUGUGGGCAGGAUGGUGAUCCACCUGGAAGACACGGAGCAAGAUGUUGUGAGGCCCCUGGGACAGGAAAACCUCCUGCUCCGGGGCGCUCGCCUCAAAAACACCGACGAGAUCUUCGGCGUCGCCGUUUACACGGGCAUGGAGACCAAGAUGGCGCUCAACUACAAGGGCAAGUCGCAGAAGCGCUCUGCCGUGGAGAAGUCGAUGAACUCAUUCCUCACCGUGUACCUCACCCUGCUGUUGGUGAAGGCUCUGCUGAGCACGGUGCUCAAGUACUGGUGGCAGGCGACGCCGCAGAAUGACGAGCCCUGGUACAACGGCAAGUCCGACAAGCUGAAGCAUGUCAAUAAGUUCCUCGCCGGCUUUGCCGACUUCCUGGCCUUCAUGGUCCUUUACAACUACAUCAUCCCCAUCUCGCUCUACGUCACCGUAGAGAUGCAGAAGUUCCUCGGAUCCCUCUUCAUCAGCUGGGAUAUGGCGCUGUACGACGAGGGCUCGAACGAGCGCGCACUCGUCAACACCUCCGACCUCAAUGAGGAGCUGGGCCAGGUGGAGUACGUGUUCACGGACAAGACAGGCACGCUGACGGAGAACGACAUGCAGUUUCGCCAGUGCUCUAUCGGCGGGGUCAAGUACGUGGAGGAGGACGGAGUCCUCCUCCCGCUCGGAGGCGGUGGUGCCGGUGGAACCGACGACGAUGGCGGUGCCGGUGCCGCCACUCCCGACAGCCCGGCCGCCAUCUCCAGCAGCAACAUCACUCCGUCCGUGGUGCAGUUCUUCCUGGCGCUGGCGCUGUGCCACACGGUUCACAUCAGCAAGGAGGAGGGAGGCAGCGUGGACGAGACGGGGGGCGCCUCCGUGGGCAGGGCCACGGGAAGGGGGGGCAGCGCCGCUGGCCGACCCGCCGUGCUCUACUACGCCUCCUCUCCGGACGAGAAGGCCCUGGUGGAGGCCGCGCAGAGGCUCGGAGUCACCUUCCUUGGCCUGCACGGGGACAUCAUGGAGGUUCAAACCAUGGGCGAUGUGAACAGGUUCAAACUGCUGCAGGUGCUGGAAUUCGACUCCAACCGGAGGUGCAUGAGUGUCAUCGUGGAGAAGGAGUCGGGCGAUGUCCUCGUCAUCACCAAGGGAGCUGAGUCAUCCAUCCUGCCCAAGGUCGUGUCGGGAGAGGUGGAGCGCACGCGGGCUCAAGUGGACGAGUUCGCCAUGGAAGGCCUGCGCACCCUGUGCCUCGCCUACAAGGCUCUGAGCGGGGCGGAGUACUUGGAGACAGAGCAGCGGCUGCACGCGGCGCGCGUGGCGCUGCAGAACCGCGACGACGAGACGCGUGCCGCCUUCGACGCCAUCGAGAGUGGCCUGCACCUGUUGGGGGCCACCGGCGUGGAGGACCGGCUGCAGGAGGAGGUUCCCGAGACGAUUGAGGGGCUCCGGCGUGCAGGCAUCAAGGUGUGGGUGCUCACGGGCGACAAGCAGGAGACGGCCGUCAACGUGAGCUACUCGUGCGGCCACUUGCAGCGCGGCAUGGCCGUGCUGGAGCUCACGGUCCAGACCUCGGCCGAGGAGUGCGCCGAGACGCUGCUGCAGCUGCUCAAGCGGAUGAAUGAGGACGGCGUGACGCAGCAGGCGCUUGUGGUGGACGGUGCGAGUCUGUCGCUGGCGCUGUGUGAGCACCAGGAACUCUUCAUGACGGUUUGCCAGAGCUGCGUUGCUGUUGUUUGCUGCCGAAUGGCGCCGCUGCAGAAAGCCAAGGUGGUGCGUCUGAUGAAGACAUCGUCCAGCAGCCCCAUCACCCUGGCCAUCGGGGAUGGAGCCAAUGACGUUAGCAUGAUCCAGGAGGCGCACGUGGGCAUCGGCAUUAUGGGUAAGGAGGGCCGGCAAGCGGUGAGGAACAGCGACUACGCCAUCGCGCGCUUCCGCUUCCUGCUACGCCUGCUGCUUGUGCACGGACACUUCUACUACGUCCGCGUGGCCGAGCUCGUGCAGUACUUCUUCUACAAGAACGUGUGCUUCAUCAUGCCGCAGUUUCUCUACCAGUUCUACUGUGGCUUCUCCCAACAGACGCUGUACGACAGCGCCUACCUCACGCUCUACAACAUCUGUUUCACCUCGCUGCCCGUCCUGCUCUACAGCCUCAUGGAGCAGCACGUGAAGCCCGACCUGCUCAUGAACACACCGGCGCUCUACCGAGACGUGAGCCGCAACUCGCUGCUGGGCGCGCGGCCCUUCAUCUAUUGGACAGUGCUCGGCGUCUUCGAUGGCCUCGUCUUUUACUUUGGAGUUUUCCUCCUCUUCAGCCACCACACGUCACUCUCGAGCAACGGGCAGGCCUACAAUCCAAACAAGCACCAGAUGUUCGGGAACUGGACCCUGGGGACGAUGAUCUUCACCGUGCUGGUGUUCACGGUGAACCUCAAGCUGGCCCUGGACACGCGGUACUGGACGUGGAUGAAUCACCUGGUGACUUGGGGCUCCCUGGGCUUCUACAUCCUGUUCUCGCUCUUCUAUAGUGGCAUCAUCUGGCCAUUCCUGCGGGCGCAGGACAUGUACUUUGUGUUCAUGCAGCUGCUGUCGAGUGGCCCCGCGUGGCUUGGCAUCAUGUUGCUUGUCACUGUGAGCCUCCUGCCCGACCUGCUCAAGCAGACGGUGUGGAGAACUCUGUGGCCCACAGCCACGCAGCUCUUGCAGGAGGCCGUGAGCGUGGGGCGCCGCGGGGCCGGCGUCUCGGAGAGCACGCCACUCGCCGAGAUGGCGCGACACCUCCGCAGGAGAAUGUACGGCGCGGGAGGCAGCGGUUCGGGAGGAGGGGCAGGAGGAAGAGGCAAGCGCUCGCCGACCUCCAGGUCCGGCAUGGCGGCGGCUGUGGCGGCGGCGUCGCUAGACAACGGGCACGUGUUCCUGGUGGAUGCAGAGGUCUUGCCGGACGUGACCCAAGUGUGACAACGCGGGGCCCUGUCCAUUCACCUCAAUCUCCCCCCCCCGCCCCCCCACCUUGGACCCCACCUGGCCACCGUGAGGCCGAGCCUAGCCGCUGGGAUGACCACGGCGCCUCGUGCGCCGACCCGAACCUGAGACUGACCGAAACCCCAGAGCGAGUAGCGGCGUCGGUACGCCCUGCUCGUUCCACGGCCUCCACUCCAGCCCUGCUCACUGCCGGCUCUCACAGACUCGAGGCUUGAUGACGGAGGGGGCACUACUUAAUACCUCUUGCAAGCCUAAAGAAGCCUUUGUUUAACUUCAGUGUUCUGAGUGAGCCGAAACAUGUUGGAUCUGUCGAUGGCCGGUUUGAAUUGUCGCUGAGGUCAGACUGGGGAACUGGAGCUGAUGCAAUUUGUGUUCACUCGCGCAGAACGUUGCCGUCUCUGGUAUGGUUCCCAAAAGGCCUUGCUGCCCAAAUGCACAGCUCUGCACUGCUGCUCAUGCUUUUGUUUGAAAAACGUUUCAACUGUGUCCUCAUGUAGCCCACAAUGCCUCUGGGAUCAUAUUCAUACACCAGCAUUCAUUUGUAGGGCUAGCCACUUAAUGUUUGGGCUGCUUGGGGUCAAGUAAAUCAGGUUCCUGAAAGUAUGUUGGCAAAUAGGGCUCAGUCAUUUAUGUAUGUUGAACUUCUUGUUCACUGUACGUAGCCGACCAUGCUAAUUGGAGGUGCAGGGGAAGGACAACAAAAACAUAAACCAAACAAUACUUUUCAGCAUUGUCAAAUCCACUGCUGGAUCCAAGGCCUUCUAAAGUGCCGGUCGUUCUAUGGGGCUGGCCGCCGGCCACCGCUACAGGAGGUGUGCAGCGGGGCUGCUUCCCCGUCGGUCAGUCCCGGCCAGACCGUGCGCUCGCUGGCGUUCACGGUUUACAGGGUUCGCUAAGAAUUUGCACGCGCGAUGUCAUUUGUUGUUUGCGAGAUAUGUGUAUACAUUUACAACUGAAGUCAUCGCCUUUGUGAAAGUGCACUCUUCAAUCCUUAAGGCCUUCCUUUUGUAGGCCCCACUUGCCCUUGUGGGUGACAUCGCCUCCCCCAAACCCUGCUCCUUUUACCCCUAACAGCGCCUCUCCAUGCUCGUCCCGUGUCCUUCGAGCCCCGUUUCCUUCGUCUGAAUCUCGAGGCUCGACCCCCCCUGACCCCGAUCAGACCCCAGCCCAGCCAAUAAACACACGACGGGGAGUCGUGUGCUCUCCGAGGAGCUUCGCUGGAGGCUUGAACCACCAGACCAGACUUCUCCUCCUCGUCAGCUGCACCAGGGCCCCAACUCCCCCUCCUCUAACGAGCUUCCGAGCCCCUCCCCACAGCUCGUAAGCCCCUCCCACACUUGAGUUCCUCCCACCCAGCCUUAGCCCCUCCCACGGAUGGGUGACCCAUGGCUGUACCUUCUUGCAGCAGCAGCGGCAGCAGAUGGACUUUGGGGGUCCCCGAGGAGGCCCCCCGGAACGCGGUGUAGCGAGCGGCGACGUUGAGCCCUCCUGCUCUGCGGCUGUAAGUCUCUUGUGGGUAGACGAUGUACGGCACUGCGUGGAUAACGCACGCACUCCGCGCGCGUGUGAGUUGAGCAACGGACGUCGGCUGUGGCAGCUUCUUGUGGCCAUGUGGUGGAGGGGUGGGGAGAGCAACAGUGGGAGACUUCGUGUCCCCUGGCUGAUGUCACGUCUUUGGGAUUUUAGUCGUCGGAUGUUGAAGGAAUACGCCACCAGAAAACCAGAUCCAAUUGUCUCUUGCAUAUUCCACUUUGUGGUCUGCAGGAGUGUUCACCUGUUUAUUUAAAUGACCACUACUGAUACUGUCCAGGUACCGAGGCUGCAUUGUCCGGACUGUCUGACAUGGAUUUGACGUUUUGUUCAUGAGAAAGAAGACGUUCGAGUCUAUGGGCAGGCACGUGAUUCUUAGGCUGUAGCGACACCGCUGCGCUGACGAAUUGGAACGUGCGGCGUCACGUCGCUGCGACGUCUCACAAGAGUGCUGUCGUCAAUUGGAGUGCCUCGCCAUCAAUGGGCGGCACCUCGUCUCAUGUGAUAGCGCUUCAAAUGCAGCCCAGGGUGUCAGCACCUGGUUGUGUGAACUAAACGUAAAGCAACAGCGCUUUAUUAUUACUUCAGUAACGUCCUUCAAUGGACGUCACUUUGCCAUAUAUUGAAAUGCCACAUUUCUCGUGAGUAAUGCUUUAACAGGGUUAUAUUUAAUUUCAAUGGCGAAAUAUAACUUUACACUUUUUAUUGUUAAUGUAUUACGGUUUAUGUUCGCCGUUGUCUUAUCUGUGACACGCUGCACUGAUUUUACUUACCUUCAGGAAUGAACCCAGCCCCAGUAGAAUUUGCGGGAAUGUCUGCGCCAGAUUUUAUAGAACGGCCCGUGACAGGUUUUGCAAACAGUCCACUUGUGGCUAAACGAGGGACUCGACUGGGAGCACGCUCGGCACCCCUUACUGGCAGACGGAUGCCCGAUGAUUCUCGGCUCGGUGCUGAGUCACCAUGUGCCACAUAGGGACAGCUGUCACUGGAGGUGCCCUUUCAAAUAAUUUAGAUGAGACAAGAUGCAAGUCUGGACAUCUAUGAAAAAAAGCUUCAUAGCUCAUCGGAUUCUUCUAGGAUAAAUAACGAUUCUGAAUUCUGUAGCUUGUAAAACGCUCGCUUGAAACGCCCCGGCCAAACGAAGGGGCGGCUCCAUCACUAACAACGCCUCGUCAGCGUCAAACUGGAAGCGGUGUGGGGCUUUGGCCCUAGGACCGGCGUCGCUUCAACUCCCGUCGCGCCAACUCUCGUGGUUGGGGGUUUCCACAGCCGCCUCUAGGAAGGGGAAGCGUUUUGGUUUUUCGCCUCUGAUCUGUGACGCCCCCCCCCCCCCCCGUGUCAUUUGUGCGGCCCGGUGGUGUCGCAGUGCCUCCCUGAUGCACGUCGCUUUGUCGCAGUGGCACCGUGACGAGGGUUGCCACCCCUACGGUACAAACAACCAGGACAUGUCCUGGGAAGCAGAAGAGAAUAUCGCCCAGCACUGCAAUCGGGCGUUGUCUUGAGUGGUGUAUCGCGAGUUUCUUUACGCAACAAACUAAAUCCUAAGAUAACCAGGACCGGUGGCAACCCUAGACGCGGUACCUGAGGUAUCCGGUAGCACUCGAGUCGUGAGUAGUCCCCUCCGUGUACGAACAUCCGCCUUGCGGGAAUUCGUGAGCAUUACACAGAACUCGCACACAGAGCCACCCACUCUGCCAGAGUGAGACUGCCUAGUCACAAACACCCUGAACCGCCACAGUCCCUGACGAAACCACACACCGGCCCCCUCUUCAUAUGCCAUAGCCACGACCAAAUCACCCAGAAUGUGCCCGGUCUCGCCAGAUUUUUGGAAGCUAGGCAAAAAUAAGCCCGGUUUUUAACUUAGGGGAGAGACUCCUUUUGAAUGCUAGCUGUUGCAGGCUUGGGCUGUCAGGUGGCCAAGAUACACCAGUACACCAAUACGUUCUUAAAUCUAUCUGUGCAGAGCUUUGGGAGUUUCAUAAGCAUGGACCUUCUCUGGGUUAUCCUUUUCUCCUACCGCAUGAAAUCGAACGUUGCCAAACAGAAGUGGACAAACAUCACUAUGUAGCAGCAGUCGCCUGAAAGUCACAAAGACCUUUCCGUUUUUGCCCGUACAAGCAGUCCUGACGUGUGUUUAAUUCGCAUGCUCGUUGCGUUGCACCCCCCGCUCCAUUCCACAUGAGAAGCCUCAAAACACCGGGAGGAGAACCGCCUUCAUAUGCGGCAUGAGGCGCCUAGCAGCAUUGCGUUGAGCACACACGUGCAGUCUGAUCACUGGAUCAUGUGGAGCCCAUUUGUGAAUCCAGUGCGGGAUGAGCCCCCCCCCCCCACACGCUGUGGCGGUUGAGUGUAUUUGACCAUACUUCACCAUGUUGCUCGGUGUGGAUUGAUGAAGGCGGGAAACAUAGACGUGGGAGCAUAGACGUACGAUACAAGUGAAUUUUACACGUAUGUUUUCGUGACCAAUAUCCAUAAUAGAGGGUGUUUUGGGUUAGAUCGCGUAAAUAUAAAUGUGUCGUUAAAACCGCCACCGCCUGACACAUUCAAUUAGUAAGGUUAAAACCCGCAACAUUUACAAUGGAUUUACUCUCCAACACACCAGUGCGUUGUACUAGUAACGACUUGACAUGUUUUGUUUACGUGACAAACCUAAUUGGCUGUCGGUUUAACGACACAUGUAUGCGAUCCAACCCAAAACAACCUCUUGGACAACAGUGAAUGUUGCUGUACUACUGUCUGCUGCCCACCACGUAUUUCUGCAGCAGCCUAUAACAACUGUUUAUGCUCACAGUAACCCAUCCAAGCACUAUCCAGGGUCAACCCUCCAGCUUCAGAGGUCUGAUGAGAUCGGGCGCAUUGUCGGUAAUUUGCUUGUGGGCAAUUCAAAUUUUGAGAAUAUGAACAAAAUGCAGCCUGGGAUCCAAACAUUUGCAGCCUACAGCAGAGAAAUCAUACCCUUCCUGCAAAAGUGUGUAGACAGUUGAGUGUGGAAUGUUCUGAAGUGUCGGUGUUUGCCAUGGCUCGUCAUGGACCCAUGUUGAUGCUGUUCUCUCUUGUAUGGAUUUCUGUUCUCCCAUCUUCCCUUCAGCCUCAUGGACGACGUUUGCAUGCGUCCCUCUUCCUGCUGUGGUCUCUUCUGAGCGAUGGGUGCCAGCUGGAGCUAAACACCGGCCUCUUUCUUGCAUCGCUCAUUCCCUCAUCUUUACAUCCUUCCGCUCUUGUCUGUCCAUCGGCUCACCUCCUUGGUAUCUUCUUUGUCUCGAUUUAAAGCUUUCGUGACUGCAGGGAUUCAUAUUCUUGGUUCUUUCGGUAAAGUCACGUAGAAGGGAAAUAAUAAAAUAAAACUAUUAAAUUCUACGUGACUUUACCGAAAGAACCAAGAAUAUAUUUUUGUCGUUUCAGUCUAUGACAUCCGGGGCUUAAUGUCUCACUAAAUAUGUUCUGGGUUGCUUGUCGGCUGGAGUAGGUGGCAUUUGAAUAGUAGCCAAUAACAGGCAAGUAGCGAGAGGUAUUCUGGAUGUGGUGCGCCGUAGUUUGGUAGCGGCGUUGUUGGCGGCUGGGUGCGAUGCCUCCCAAACGCCACAGCCAAACAACGUGUGCCCGGGACGGCGCUCGUCUCUUUUGGCACCCCCGAGCUGGUCUUGUUAAUUCCACAUUAUUUUGGCUGAGACAUCGCAACGUGAUAUUCAACUUUUGUAAUUGUGAGUCACGCCGCCUGGACUGUGUCAGCUGCCCGAUAGAAUGUCCGUGUGUUAGACCAAUCGUGAACAGGUGUGUCCUGUCGCAAGGCGGCAUGGUUGUGCUCUCUGAUCGAGCUCCAGGAUGCCUGCGUGUGAGGACGUUGGGACUCGUUUUGUUUACCCCAAAGUCCACACCUGACGCUGCUCACACCGGGGUACUCCAGGUUGUACCUCCUGUGUUGUACCAGCGCUCAUCACAAAUAUUCAUGCUCCUGUCUUUGAAGCCGCGCUUGAAUCUGCGUGAUGCGUUCCAUUUUCUGUGCGUACGUAGACCUCCGAUUCGCACGGUUGGCUACGUACGGCGAGAAAGAAGUUUAACGUACAUACAGGCACGUUGUUUGACAUUGUUGCGCCGUCUCCUGAGUCUCAGAGUUGUUCAGCCGAAUCCACACCUGGGCGAUAAUUUGCGCAACGCUGUUGCAUGCAACUAAAUCGCUUGUAUGUGGAAAAGUGGCGACGGACUCACUUUCCAGCAUCGAUCCGCUCGGCGAUCCGGAGUGACCUCUUUCAUCACGUGCUCCACGUUCGUGAACUCUGGUUGCCGUUGUUUUCUUGUUGCGUAAUCUGUUGUUGCCCAACUACAGCAGUGCUCACUCGCAUAUGGACAGAUCCCAUUGUUUUUAAAACCCUCUCUGCGUUGUUGUUGAUUUCCUGCCGAGGCGAAGUGGCUUACCUUCUUCCUUUGCACCUGAUAUAUAUUUAUACAUGUACAUCCCUUCCCCCCCCCCCCCCCCCCCAAAAAAAAAACCUGUUCUAAAUAUCGUUAGCAUUAUUUUAUUUAUAUGUUCAAAGCACGUGUACAAGGAGCUCUAUGUGUAACAAAUUGCACUGGCGUAGCGGGUUUGUGGUACUUUUGUAUUCGUUAUACAAUAAGCAAUACAAUCAAAACAUGUUCCCAAAGCCAAAGACUUCAGGAAUCCUUCAAAGUGAAAGUCCACUGUUGAACUGUCCUUGUGGCGCAUCAUCUGUUUAGUUCUACCCCAGCUCUAGUUUUUACAAAAUGGAAAUGUCUUGUGUACAAGAAUUAAGAGACUUGGUCCACGAUAUGAAAUAAUUGUAUAAGUUUGUUAGUGAAAGUCCAUUGAAUGUUGAUUACUUUUACCCCGUGCACAUGCGUAUAUAUUUUAUAUCUGUUCUGCGAUAACUUGAAAAUAAUGCAAUAAAAUGUCAAACUGUU